AAGAGUACACAGAGAGAAAACGUUCAUCCUGAUUUUCUCUUCCCAAAAGCAUUUUCUUUCAAAAAGCAGAACCUUUCCUUUUCCAAUUUCAGUAGGAACUGAGCAGUUUUCCAAUUCGAUAGGAAAAGAAAAUAAGAAGGUUUUUCUCAGCGAAAUCUUUGGGUUUCUUGCUGACUUUUCUCAGUAGAAUUUGCUUUUCAAGCCAGUGAAAGUGUCCUGACUCCUGACUUAGAUCUAUAGAAUGCAAACAGUACAGAUACGAUUAUUCGUAUGUCUCUGAAGUAAACGGGUGGUUCAAACUGCACCGCAUACCGGCCACCUGGCAUGACGCCUGGCUACGAUGCCAGCUCGAAGGGGCAGUUCUGGCGUCUCCCGAGAACAUCUACAUGAACCUGGCGAUGAGGAAUGUGAUGAAGAGCAAGCAGGUCCCCUGGAGCGGCGUCCACACGGGGAUCCACGCCACCCUCUCUAAAGGGGACUUCUUUUCCGUCGAAGGUGUCCCAUUAUCCAGGAUGCAAGUGGACUGGAUGCCAGCAGAGCCAGACAAUAAGGACAAUGACGAGGAUUGCAUCCUGAUGGUCGGCAACGGCACCAUUGCCGACAUCCGCUGCAACCAAGUUCACCCCUACAUGUGCUUCAGGAAGAAGACCAAGAACAUGGUGCUUAAUGGAUGCGGGACCUUCGAUCAAGAAUACAGCUUAGACCCGAGAACCGGUAGCUGCUACAAGUUCCACCGGGUCCCGCGGAAUUGGACCCGGGCGUACAUGACCUGCGCCGCCGAAGGAGCUCACCUGGCGGUUGUGAACAGCGAGACAGAAGCCAAUUUCCUCAAAGAGCUGUUCGAGAAGACGCCUGCCAAGUCCAUCAUCUCUGCCAUUCCUGGAAUCAUGCGAGACAUCAUGCACGUUGGAUUCCAUGAUUGGGGUGAACGCGGUGUUUGGACUACUAUUCACGGCACGUCACUCGUCGAGGCUGGUUUCAACCUGUGGGCGGAAGGGCAACCCGACAACGCGAGGCCUGGAGAGUACUGCGGCGGCAUGUUCCGCAACGGACGCCUCGACGACGUGUGGUGCCACGAGAGGGGGACCUUCGUGUGCGAGAAGACUCCCCAGAGCCUCAUGCAAGAGGAGGACCUCUGAACACCGCCCCAAAACAACCCCACGUUCUUGUCUUCUUCUUUGAUGCGGAUUUGCCAGAUGCCUGUCACAGUUCACGACCAAGACAAUUUCUGAUUCCCAUAUUGAUGCCACUUAUAGGAUUAAUUAGUUAUAAUAUUACGAUACAUAAUAUUAUUUA